GCUGGUUAUGGGGUUAUGGGGCUGGCUAUGGGGCUGGCUAUGGGGCUAAUAGUUUGCUAUGGGUCACUGCAGUAUUUAAUGGAGGGCAGCUACAACAGGGUGUUCCUGGCCAAAGGGAACAUCCCGGCCGAGAGCUACAACUUCUUCAUCGACAUCCUAUUGGAUACCAUACGUGACGAGAUCGCGGGCUGCAUGGAGUGCGCCUACGAGCAGAUCCAGGUGCAGGGCGCCAACAGGAUCCUGUUCUUCAACAGCGCCAAGAGGAUGAACGAAUAUGGGAGGAAGGUCAGAGAACAGCUGCCCCACAGCUGCCCCAUAGUGACUCCAUAGUGACUCCAUAGCUGCCCCAUAGCUGCCCCAUAG